AUGAACGCCCCACCUAUCCCUCCAGAGCAGCUCGACUGCUAUGAAAUUCUCGGAGUAAAUGAACGCGCCGUGUACGCCACGAUAGAGCGGUGCUACAAGCGAUUACAAGCUGCAUUCCAUCCUGACAGCAGAAGAGUUGGUGCCACACCCAGCACUGAGCAUUCCCAGAACAUUGGGGCUGCGUGGGACACCCUCAAGGACACUAGCGCGAGACGAAGAUACGACAGAGAUUACAUCAGGAUCCGCAGAGAGUGGGACGUCUACCGCAUCAGGUUGGGGGCAUGGGAAGCUGAGCAACGUGAAAAAGCACGACGCCAGGCAAGAGCUAUAGAACGACAAAGGAAAGUCGCGGACGAGGAGGCGAGGCUUGAAAAAGAGAAGUUGAAAGCAUUGAAAGAGAGAGCGGCUGAAGCGACGAGGCGACAUGCCGAGCGCGUCGAGGCUGAGGAAUUACGUCUUCGAGAGCAGGAAAAACAAGAGGAGAUAAUCCGACGACGAGAGAACGAAGCACAGAGCGCACGAGAGCGGCUACAGGAAGAAAAAAGACGGCAAGGCAUAGCUCGAGCCAAGGAAGAAGCCCGCAUAAAGGCUGACUGGGAGAGAGCACAGAGAGAGAAAAAUCUCACAAAGGGGGCUGGAGUGUCACAACGCGCACCAGAUGAAAGAGACGAGCUAAGAGAACGCUGGCGUCAUGCGAAAGAUCGGACGACAGAGCAAGCUCAUGCAGCCGGACGUAUGAAUGAUGCGGCCGCUAAGGAGAGACUUCGCAAGCAGAAGGAGGAAAUACCCCAACCAAACGAAGACAACCAUAGGCGACAUGCAGAACCUCCUCAGGAAGGUACUCAAGAAACGGAACGGCUGGCCAGAAAACAGCGUGAAGCAGACGAAAGACAGGCUAAAGUUAUCGCCAACGCGCAGAAACGACAAGAAGAAGCAGCUAAAGAGCGACUACGUCGUGAACAACUCCACUCCACGUCGCUGAAGCGGCCCGCCUCCGACGAUGUCGAGGAUGCGCAAGAUAUGGCAGACACCAAGAAGCCUAAAGUUCAAGAGCCCAUGACAUCAGGCCUCCGUAAGCAUAUGGCUCGAGAACAAGCCCGGCGAGUUCAUACCCAGAAACUUCAGGAGGUAGGUGGCCCAGGAAAUGAAGAGCGCCUGAGAGACGUCAGUAUCGACUUGGGAUGGAAACAUGUGGACUAUCAGAACAAGGCAUGUCCUCAAUGCCACACGAAGAAAAGUGCGGCGCAAUUCGGACUAUGGGAGUGUCCAGAAGGAGGUGCAUUACGAUGUCGGCCAUGUCUAGCGGCAUUGAGUGUAUUCAGUGCGUGA